AUGGAAAAUCACUCGCAAAUAGUUUCACAAAUCAAAAAUUCGUUUCAUCUUGGAAAGUACACUGAUUAUACUGAGCUGCUUACUUCAUCCGCACCCUCUGAUGUGAAGCUUGAAAAAAUGGAAGAUGGCUCAGUUGGCUUUGAAUGCCUUUUCCACUUAGAGCAAAAGCCUGAGAAUAACUCUGCAUUAUCUAAGACCACUUCUAUAAGUUUUUACUCUAUCAAUGCUUAUAUCAAUAAUUACUCUGAGAUGUAUUCAGACGAUUACUCUGCUCAUCAAUGCCUGCUUAUCAUUGAAAGGGACUAGAAGGGCAAACUAAUAAAGUCUAAGUUUAUAUCUAAAGACAGCAAAUCAAUGGCUUAAACUGAUUAAAUUGUAACUAACUCUUCUAUUUACUUAACUUGUCAGAGUCAAAACUCGAUAGUGCAUUAUUGCUGUUUCUGGGGACUUUCAGACAUCCUAUACACUCUGAUAAAAACCAUUCCAAAUCUGAAGCUCUUUCACAAAAACAAGUACAACAAAAAUCCAUAUGAAAUUGCCUAUCUGAGGUCUGACGAAAAUCUGCUACGCAUUUAACAAACUCCAUACUAUGGCAAGUUCAAAACUUGCUUUCAAAUACUUUAGGAUAAGAUGCCUCCAUAGACGAUACCUGACUGGAUAUACUCUGAUUUCAACAUAUCAAUUGACAAGAUUGGCUAAUCCAAUCCAUUUCAAAUAAACUAUUAUAUGGAGAGAAGAGACAUCAGGAUACUAGACUUUAAGAGAAUGAAAAUUCAAAAGGGGUCAAUACUAGAGAUACAUGACACAGAAAUAGUUUACUUGGGCAUAUAUAAUAAAUCCAACGUGAUAAUAAGAGAGAUAUUUGGAGAGUAUUGCAACUUGAGAAUGCAAAAGAGUGUUGAGAGAUAGUUGAAGUUGCUAGCUUUGAUUUAGCAUGAGAAUUACUUGAAUCUUAUAGGAGUUACCUUGGAUGAGUCAACAUCAAAGCUAUAUUUUAUACAUGAGAAUUUCUCAAUGAACACACUACAUAAAAUACUUUAAAAGGAGAAGUACUUUAUUCUAAGGCAAAUUGCUGCCUAUUUCCUAUACAUUCACCUGUACUUCCCAGAUUCUUAUCUUCAUCUGAAUCUAACACCACAUUCUAUCCUAAUAGACGAGAAAGACCUAUCUGUUAAGGUCAAAGAACUAGGAACCAGACCCAAUAUAGCUAAUGAUCCGCAGUUCAUUUCAAAUAGUACCUAUGGUUCGACAUUCCCGCCAGAAAUCAUAAAUCAAAACCAAAAUCUAUCUGUAUUUAGCGACACUUACAUGCUGGGAUAGAUAGCCUACAUUAUAUUUGCUAUGGGAAAGCUAGAUGAAAGUGAUUAGUAAGAGCUAUUGAUACAAGGCUUAAGUUCUAAAGAUUUGAUACUCCAGUAGAUUAAAGAUAAAAAGGCUAUUCUAGAGAAGAUUAAAGAUAUGCCUGAGGAUAUUAAAGAAAUUAUACAAGGUACUAUACUUUUUGAUGAAAGGAAAAGACUUCACAUUAUUGAGAUAGUUGGGAUUCUCAAGGCUUUCUGA